UUGGCUCUGAAAUUCUCCAUAUUCCUGCUUUCCUUUGCAGCCCUGAUGACCAUUAACAUCACGGAAGCACAGGAGAUUAACUACCGUUAUCAUUUCUGCCAAAACACAACCACUUUCGUAAGAAACAGUACGUAUCAGGCCAAUUUAAAAAUCCUUCUCUCUUCACUUGCCUUCAAUGCAACCCGCAAUGACAUUAACGGAUUCUACAACGCCUCUGCAGGGCAAGAUAUCGAUGAGGUCUAUGGCCUUUUCCUCUGCCGCGGCGAUGUUAGUGUCGAAGUUUGCCUAAAAUGUGUGAAAUUGGCCACGAACUAUGUAGUCGAAUUCUGUCCAAUCGAGAAGGAGCUGGCUAUCGUAUGGUAUGAUGAGUGCUUCCUGCUCUACUCAAACAGUAACAACUUCUCCAGCUUGAACCAAAGGCCUUUGGUUUCCAUGCCGAAUGUAGAAAAUAUAAUUGUUGAUGUAGAAUUGAACCAGCUUCUGGUGAAAACUAUAUCUGAUGCUGCUAAAGAAGCUGCAAGUGCGCCUUUAGGUGUAAAAUAUUUUGCAGCCAAAAAAGUGCUUUAUACGUCGCAUGAGUUUCUAUACGUUCUUGUGCAGUGCACACCGGUUCUAUCUACAUCUGAUUGUAAUCGUUGUCUUGAACAAGCUAUCCCUCAAGUACAAAUUUGCUGUAAUAAUACGCGAGGAGGAAGAGUCCUAAAUCCAAGCUGUAAUCUUCGAUUUGAAUAUUAUUCUUUUUACAACGAAACUGCCGUCGUGGCAAUGUCACCACCACCACUGUCCACGCCAGUUCACUUCACAAUAUCUCCUGCAGAGGAAAUAGGAAAUAUCCGAGAGGAUCAAUUACUCGACUGGGCAGGACGAGCAACUGUUGGGGACGACUAUUCAGACAAAGAUAUUCAAGGAGAGGUGACAUCCCAGGACCUCCCUUUGAUCCGGCUAGAUGUUAUAAAUGAAGCUACAAAGCAAUUUUCUGAUGAAAACAAACUUGGUCAAGGAGGGUUUGGCCCAGUAUACAGGGGUACGUUAGAGGAUGGCAAAGAAGUUGCAGUUAAGAGGCUCUCAAGAACUUCUGGUCAAGGACAAAGAGAAUUCCUGAACGAAGUCGUUUUAAUCGCCAGAUUACAACACAGAAAUCUUGUCAGACUCCUGGGAUGCUGUCUGGAAAAAAAUGAAAAGUUACUUAUCUAUGAAAAUGGAGUCCUGCUUGACUGGCAAAGACGCUUGAGCAUUAUCAAUGGAAUUGCACGUGGGCUCUUGUAUCUUCAUGAAGAUUCUCGUCUUAGAAUUAUUCACAGGGACCUCAAAACAAGCAACAUCUUGCUUGAUUAUGAGAUGAAUCCAAAGAUAUCAGACUUUGGAAUGGCUAGGAUUUUCGGUGGAAAUCCAAGCGAGGCUAACACGAAUAGAAUUGUCGGAACUUAGUACGUAAUGCUACAUCUCCCUUCCCAGUGUUAUUGUUUUCAAUUGUAUAUUUGUUUGGAACAAAUGGAUUUUCUUAUUCUUUUCUUUAUUCAUGU